GCUCGGACCUGGGCAAUGACGCCACUUCCGCUUUUGCGGCCAGGCGGUAGCUCGGUGACGACGCGCUUCCGGAGCGCCGCAGGCAUGUGGGCUCGUCGAGUCACUUGCUUCUUCCGCGCGGGUUUUUGCUCUAGGGGUGGAUUUCCCGAAGAGAUCCCUUCCAAGCCGAGUGGGGAACUAGGACCUCCCCGGAAAAAAGUAACUUUGGAAUUGCUGGAUCACCUGGAGCGCCUGGCACUUGUUGAUUUCCGCAAUUGGGAAGAUGUGGAGCGUUUGGAGAAAGCAAUUGAAUUUACUGAGAAACUCCACACAGUUAAUACAGACGGGGUAGAGCCAAUGGAUUCAGUCCUAGAAGACAGGUGUCUCUACCUCAGGGAAGAUAACAUCACAGAAGGCAACUGUGCAGAGGAGCUACUGAAGAAUGCCAAGCACGCUGUUGAAGAAUAUUUUGUAGCUCCACCAGGUAACAUCCCUUUACCGAAGCUGGAAGACAGAGAAACUUUUCUGCAGAAAGAGUCCUAGGCAGAAGAUCUGCAUCAGAUGUCACCACAGACUUUAGCUAGAGUUUAAUCCAUGAAGCUGCAUCUGGGUAAACCUUUACCAUACCUGGUACACAACUUGUUUUCACCCUGAAAUGACUGCCAUUUCUAUACUGCUUAGUCUAUCAUUGACUCUUGCAAAUUAUUCUUGAACUUGUCAUCUGUGUUUACAACUCUUGAUAAGGUUAACUUAAGUGUACUUAAACCUAUUUAUUUCAUUUGGGCUUGGAUGUACCAAAACCCAUUUUUAUUGUGGCCAAAAGAUUUUAACAACCUUAAUCAACCCUCUUAAAUUGUGAAGAGGCAAUGGGUCCAGAAAAAUGGGAAAUUAUAGAAAGCCUGCGUAUUUCCCCAUGGGAUCUGGUGGACAUUGGCCUGAUCCAGGAUGCUGUUCUAAUGUUUUUAUGACUUUGGAGAAAAUAUGACUUUAAAAAAACAGAUGGAAGAGCUUGGCAAAUGUUCAAACUCCAUCAUUUUGAAUCUCCCCAAAUGUAAAUUAAAAGGAGAGGUACCACUGCAAGACCAGGUGCCUGGCAUUAUUCAGUGUUGUGUGCUGCAAUUACCAGCCUGAAAUAUUUGGGGAGUAGGCUCUCAAGGGGUAACAAAAGGUUGUCUCACUGGUGGCCAGCAUGUUUGAUAUAGACUUGUAAGAGGGGAGAUACAGACUGAUAGCACUUUUUCCCUACCUAAAUCAAGAGGUACACUGGGGUAGUCCACAUCUCUCAAGACAUGGGAGAAAUAUUGGUGUUAUGUUUAAUGGUACCAGAAAUUCAGGGAACAAAUUGAAUUGACAGCACGGCUUCACAGAUGGAUAAACAUGAAGUAGCCAGUAUUUCAAUAAAAAACACUAAAAGUUGUGAGACACAGACAAUAGGAAAUUAGUAAAACAUGGGGCUCCUCCUUUAGAAGAUGGGUCUAUUUUCCAGGUACAGACAUUUGUAAUAGGUAUGUUGUUCCAAAAUAUCCUUGUAACAGAAUGUUGCUGCUUAGCUAAUUCAUGGGCUCAUAGUUGGAUACAUACAAUGUGGUUGCUAGAAUAUCAAUAUUUGGCUUAGGAGGGAAAUAAAAAGCCACUGUGGCACAUUAUCCUUGCUUACCAAUCAGCGAAGUAUGUACUGGCCAUUUUUAAAUUGGCACUGAAUUCAUGCUUCAGAAAAGGAAGUGAGAUUGAGUAUCCUACUGAACUGUAUCUAAUAAACACACUUUAUUGAA